GCCGCAGCCCCCACGAUGGGGAGGUGGGCCCUGGACCUGUCCUUCGUGUUGACCCUGGGGCUGGUCCUGCUCUACUACUGCUUCUCCAUCGGCAUCACCUUCUACAACAAAUGGCUCCGCAAGGCCUGCGUGGUGCUGAGCUGGACUAACUACCUCAGGAGAGUGGCCCCCACAGCACUGGCAACAGCACUUGAUGUGGGCUUGUCCAACUGGAACUUCCUCUACAUCACCGUGUCACUGUACACAAUGACCAAAUCCUCUGCCGUGCUGUUCAUCUUGAUCUUCUCUUUGAUCUUCAAGCUGGAGGAGCUGCGUGCAGCCCUGGUCCUGGUGGUCCUCCUCAUCGCCGGGGGGCUCUUCAUGUUCACCUACAAGUCCACUCAGGUCAAUGUGGAGGGCUUCACUCUGGUGCUGGGGGCUUCAUUCAUCUGGGGCAUCCGCUGGACCCUCACCCAGAUACUUCUGCAGAAGGCUGAGCUGGGCCUCCAGAACCCCAUCGACACCAUGUUCCACCUGCAGCCUCUCAUGUUUCUGGGGCUCUUCCCUCUCUUUGCCAUAUUUGAAGGUCUCCAUUUGUCCACAUCUGAGAAAAUCUUCCGUUUUCAGGACACAGGGCUGCUCCUGAGCGUGCUUGGGAGCCUCUUCCUUGGCGUGAUUCUUGCCUUUGGUUUGGGCUUCUCUGAGUUCCUCCUAGUCUCCAGAACCUCCAGCCUCACUCUGUCCAUCGCUGGCAUCUUUAAGGAAGUCUGCACCCUGUUGCUGGCGGCUCACCUACUGGGCGAUCAAAUCAGCCGCUACUUCUGCCUCUCCGGAAUAUCCCUGCAUGUGGCCUUGAAAGCCCUGCCAUCCAGAAGGGACGGUGGCCCUGAGCCCCCGAAGUGCCUGGUGUCCAGCCCGGACCUGGAGCUGCUGCUGCAGAGCAGCCAGCAGGACGAGGACACCGAGGAGGGAGAAUACUUUGUGGCCCAAGCGAGGACCCGAGCCCCUGCUGCCGCAGCCUUCGAGACCCCGACACCCAGCAGCUCAGAGCUGGCAGAGAGGUCGCCCUGCCCGGAGCCCAGGCCUGGGAGUCGCAGGGCAGGACCCUGCAGUGGGCCGGGGUUCCUGGCCUUGCCCUUACCCUCUGAAGCUAGAGCCUGCCCAUGCGGUGCCGGGAGCCAUGUUGGACCAUGCAAUGGAGGUCUUCAGAGAAACCUCAGAGCCGCAAGCCUGAACGAAGACCCUCUCAUCCAGCCCUCACUCUCUGAGCAGAGGGGCUCCAUCCCGCCAAAGCCACUCGGCCCCAUGGCUGGAACCCCAGAAGUACACUGGUCUCCCACAGAAUGCCAGUACAGAAGACCUGCAAGGGAAAUGCAAGAACAAGCAGAUAGUGACAAGAAAUUUAACCUUCGUAUAAUUGGAGUGGAUGAAGGCAAGGAAUAA